GCCCGAAACUCCGAUUCCAUAUUUAAUAGGUGGCGACAUUCACCUUCAACGUUGGUUUGUAGUCUGCCAUUAAAACCACAGAAGAAGAAGAAGACGCCACAAACCAACAUGGCGAACAUUCGGAGUGUCAAGGGCAUGGUUGGCCUGGUGACGGGCGGUGCGUCCGGUUUGGGUCGGGCCACUGUGGAGCGUCUGAUCCAGAACGGAGCGUCUGCUGUGAUCCUGGACCUGCCCUCUUCUGAUGGACCGGCUCUGGCAGAGAGUCUGGGGGUCCGAUGUGCCUUUGCUCCUGCAGACGUGACAUCGGAGGAAGACGUGCAGUCGGCAGUGUCGAUGGCCAGAGAGAAGUUUGGGAAGCUGGACCUGGCAGUUAAUUGUGCCGGCAUCGCCGUCGCUGCUAAAACCUACAACUUUAAUAAAGGCAUCGCUCACAGCCUGAAGGACUUCCAGCGUGUCAUCAAUGUGAACAUUACAGGAACCUUUAAUGUGAUUCGUCUUUCUGUGGCUGAGAUGGGGAAGAACGAGCCGGAUGCAGACGGACACCGAGGCUGCAUCAUUAACACAGCCAGUGUGGCAGCCUUUGAUGGACAGGUCGGCCAAGCAGCGUAUUCAGCUUCUAAAGGAGGCAUCGUUGGAAUGACUCUCCCCAUCGCACGAGAUCUGGCAUCCAUGGGCGUCCGAGUCGUCACCAUAGCACCCGGUUUGUUCUCCACUCCCCUCCUGGCUGGUCUUCCAGAGAAGGUGCGCUCCUUUCUCGCCCGCCAGGUGCCCUUCCCCUCCCGCCUGGGAGACCCCGCUGAGUUUGCCCACCUGGUGUUGGCCCUGGCAGAAAACCCCAUGAUUAACGGAGAGGUCAUCAGACUGGACGGAGCUAUUCGCAUGCAGCCCUGAGACGGACGCCGUGUGGUCACAUUGAUUACCUUCAUCCGAAUAAGAGAACUUUUUGAUGUCUGAGUGUUCUUGUGUUUUUUUGCAUCGUGUAAUUUUGUUGUAGAAAGCUUUCUAUAGUAAAUAUAAACCAUGACUAACAUUUGAUCAAUUUUAUGUGUGAGAAUGUGACAGAAAGUGUGUAAAAAAUGUCUGUACAUCAUUCAGAGCAUUGCAGUACUUUAUGCACGCCACUUUGGUUGUUUUGUAAUUUAAUCUAAACAAUAAUAAACCUCAGAUGAGUUUGAUCAAUUCCAAAUAAAAGGUUUCUUUUCUUAACUCCC